UCUCUCCCACAUACACCAUCUCCAACUCCCCUCCCAGCAGGUACAGCCCCAGGUGCCCGGGUUAGCCUUACCCAGGAGAUGACAGCCUACCCAGUUCCCCCUGGGAUUUUCUGCUCCUGCAAGAUGCAGCCCAAGUGUCCUCUCCACGCCCAUUGACUCCCAGGCUCUUGUAACAGAUGGUACUCACAGCGCUUAGCACGCUGGCCUGGUAUCCAGCAGGUGUCGAAUUAGUAUUUGUUGCCUGUUGAGGAUUCUUGGUUCUCCUCUCUGCUGUCAGGCUGCGACCCGGUUUUAUUCACCUACAUGUUUCCAGCACCCAGCUCUGAGCCAGGAGCUUAAAAAAGUGAAGAAAUUGCUAGAACGGAGAGUUCCUGGAUGGGUCACGGAACUCACAGAGUGCUAAAAGGCACGGACGGAGUCUGCCCCACGCCUGCCCCGGAAGAGGACCGACAGGAGGUUGCGGUGAGGACGCCGGUGUCCAGCAGGUGGCGUCGCAGACCCGAGGCCCCGGGCUCUCCAGGCACCUCCUCGAGCAAGGGGCGGUGCCCCCGCGUCACGCAGCCUUUCCUCCUUCCUCUUUCCGCCCUUGUGGCUCACUUGGCCCGCCUCGCGGAACUCUUUGUAUCUUGGGCGCGACUCGGGCUUGGGUUCCUGCUCGCCGCACCGAGCGCCAUGACGCUCCCCCGGUUCCGGCCCCGCGGCUGGGUGGCAGCGACCAAAGCUGCCCAGAGGCGCCACCAAGCGGAGGCCGCGGGAGGACCCCGGGGUCCUGCGCCCCGGAGCCAGCGCGCGGCGCUGUACGUCCACUGGCCGUACUGCGAGAAGCGCUGCAGUUACUGCAACUUCAACAAGUACAUCCCCCGCGGCGUGGACGAGGCGGCGGUCAGGAGCUGUCUGGUAACUGAGGCUCAGACGCUGCUGCGGCUCAGCGGGGUGCGGCGGGUAGAGUCUGUGUUCUUUGGUGGGGGUACCCCCAGCCUGGCCAGUCCCCACACUGUGGCUGCUGUCCUGGAGGCAGUGGCUCAGGCAACUCACCUGCCCACAGAUGCAGAGGUCACAUUGGAGGCCAACCCCACUUCUUCCCCAGGCACCAGGUUGGCAGCAUUUGGGACAGCAGGGGUCAACAGGCUGUCUAUUGGCCUCCAGUCCCUCGAUGAUGCUGAGCUCCGGCUGCUGGGGCGGACACACUCGGCCAGCGAUGCUCUGCGGACACUGGCGGAGGCCCGGCACCUCUUCCCUGGACGCGUCUCUGUGGACCUGAUGCUAGGACUGCCAGCACAGCAGGUGGGGCCGUGGCUGGGACAGCUGCAGGAGCUGCUGCGCCACUGUGAUGACCACAUCUCCCUAUAUCAGCUGUCCCUGGAGCGGGGCACUGCGCUCUUUGCCCAGGUCCAUCAGGGGGCCCUGCCUGCCCCUGACCCCGAGCUUGCUGCUGAGAUGUACCAGAAGGGACGGGCAGUCCUUCAGGAGGCUGGCUUCCGCCAGUAUGAGGUCUCCAACUUUGCCCGGAAAGGGGCGCUCAGUACCCACAAUUGGAACUACUGGCAGUGUGGUCAGUACCUUGGCGUUGGGCCUGGGGCCCACGGGCGAUUUCUGCCCCAGGGGACCAGAGGCCAUACUCGGGAGGCUCGGAUCCAGACCCUGGAGCCAGACAACUGGAUGAAGGAGGUGAAGCUGUUUGGACAUGGCACCCGGAAGCGAGUGCCCCUGGGCGAGCUGGAGCUGCUGGAGGAAGUUUUGGCCAUGGGGCUACGCACAGACCUGGGAAUCACUCACCAGCACUGGGAGGAGUUUGAGCCCCAGCUGACCCUGUGGGACGUGUUUGGGACAAGCAAGGAGGUGAAGGAGCUGCUGGAGCAGGGCUUAUUGCUGCUGGAUCACAGGUGUGUGGGGGGCGGUCUCGGGGAGCCGGAACUACACAUCUACAGACCUAGGGGAAGUGAGGACGGACUGGUGAGGAGGGGCCUGUGGAUGCUGGGGACUUGGCACUGGUGGAGGGUGGGGAUUGAAAGUGGUAAGAUGAGGCAGUCAUACUCAGGCCUCUUGGUUUUUUCAGGGGUCUUCGGUGCUCCUGGGAGGGCCUGGCUGUGCUGGAUUCUCUGUUGCUGACCCUCCUGCCUCAACUCCAAGAGGCCUGGCAGCAGAGAACCCGUGCCCUUGUGCCAGGAGGAUGACCCCCUGUUCCUGUACCCCAGCAUGGUGCCGGGUGGGCUUUGGGGGCUUGGCAGCACUGCAGACAUCUCUCCACCACUGGCAGGUGCCACCUCUGCCCUUUGUGGUCAUUGCCUGAUCCUGGCAUCCCCAGGGGAAUGGGCCCCAAUGAGGUGGACAGGAGCACAUUUCUGAUUUGAGAACUGGAAUCCCACCCAGCAUCUCAGUACCCACAGCCCAGUGUGUGUUCUGUGACUGGGAGCUGCUUGGCCCCUGCAUCAGCUUCUGCUUGCCUUUUUGUUCUGAAAUGAUGGACAGCGUUUGGAAGUCUCCCUACAAGGAAUCACCUCCCCAAGAGAAGUGUUCCCCACUCUGGAGUGAGGUCCUGAGGCAGUUGCAGGAAUCAGGAAAACCAAAUCCCCUCUAGGUGUUUUGAGCAGGAAGGGAUUUAAGCUAGGAAUGAGGUAUUUACAAAACCAGGGGAAGGACUAGGGAAGUGAAAGAGAAAGCCACUGCCCACCGUCAGGACACAGAACGUUGCAGGAUUCUCAGCUGCCAGCAACACUCAAGCAGAUGAUUUACAAGAAAACACCUGGAAGAUGCUGCAAAACCUCAUGUUUGCUGGGAGUGCCUGUCAUUGAUGGACUCUAAAGCAAAUGCUUGCUGGCAGGAGAUUCUGGGGAAUGUAGUUCUCUGGCUUCCAGCCCCUGCGGUACAGGAGAGAGCAUAGAAGAGUCUGCUGGUGGCACCAACUGUAAUCCAGUACCGCAGCCUGCUGCACUCCAAGAACCGUGAGCAAGAUCAGAGCAAGCCUCACCCCUUCUCUUCUGGCAGCCAGGAUAUGUUUGUGGUGGCAGGAGCCACACACACCCUCCUGAGUGCCUGCUGUCCUACCCGCCUCUGCCACCCCCGAGCCUGUCCACUGAGAGUGAAGGGAAAGGGGAAGGGGAGAAGAAUUCAGGUUUGUAAUCCUCCUCUGUCCUUUUACUUGCAGAAAUGGUUAUGAGUGUUAUUUAAAUAGCCUAAUAAAUCCAUCUGGAGCCUGCCUUGCCUGUGGUCUGUCUUUGAUCUGGGCUUCUUUGUGGAGUGUGAGGUCCUGAUUUGGGGGGCUAGAGGCUUAGUCUAAGGCUCAGAUACUUCCCUGUAGAUUUUAUUUUGAAAGAUCUCAAACCUACGGAAAAGCUGAAAAAAUAAUUCAACGUAAAUCACAGAUCCUUCAUCUACAGGGUAUCCAUAACGUCCAGAAAUGGGCCAGUAUUCACAACGUCAUCAAGGACAUUUUCAGUCUAUAAAGAAAUAAAAUAUUCGUGUUUCCGGACUUUGUGAUCGUCCUAUAGAUUGAUCAGUUGUUAAUGUUUUGCCACAUUUACUUUAUGUUCGUAUCUCUUAUUCGUCUAGUGCUGCUAUUACAAAAAUACCACAAGUGGAUGGCUUUAACAAAUUUAUUUUCCUCACAGUUUAGGAGGCUUAAAGUCUGAAUUCAGAGUGCCCACUCAAGGGGAAGGCUUUCUCUCUCUGUGGGCUCUGGGAAAAUGUCCUUAUCUCUUCAGCUUGUUUCCUUCUUCUGUAGAGAUCUCCAUGUGGCUUGGCAUCAACCUUCCCCCAUCUCUGCUUCUAGCUUGCAUUUAAUCACUUUUAUGCCUCAGAAGAGACUGACUCAAAAUAUACCCUAUACUAAUCCUGCUUCAUUAACAUUACAAGGAACCCAUUCUUAAAUGGGAUUUUAACCAGGGGCAUAGAGGUUAGUAUUUACAACACCUAUUUUGGGGGGACAUAGUUAAAUUAAAAAAAAAAAAAACAACCUGUUGCCAUUGAGUCGAUUCUGUCUCAUAGCCAUGCUAUUGCACGGAGUAGAACUUCCCCACAGGGUUUCCAAGGAGCUGCUGGUGGAUUCAAGCUGCCAGCCUUUUGGUUGGCAGCUGUAGCUCUUAACCAGUGUGCCACCAGGUCUCUACAAUUCAAUCCAUAACAGUAUAUUUUCUGCUGAACCAUUUGGCAGAAACAGGUAGACAUUAAACAGCCCCAGCAAUCUACUCUCUGUCUCUGCAUUUUCCUGUUCUAUUUUGAUAAGUGGGAUCAUACCAUACUUGUCCUUUUGUGUCUGGCGUAUUUUACUUAGCAUAAUGUUUUCAGGGUUUAUCCAUGUUGCAAGGGCUGAGGCUCUUAACCUGGAAAUCGUAGGCUGUGUGUAUGUGUGUGUGUGUGUCUUGCAAGCGAGGUAUUUUCCUGCGCACAGGCUCCAUAACCUUCAUACCUUAUCAGAAGGUACAAUGCUGCCCAAAUCAAUGUGGUACUGCUGCAAAUCAAGGCAUAUUAAGCUCAGCCUCUAGCUGGGUGACUAAUGAUGGGUCCCCCUCCCCAGGUUAGCAUGUCCAUUUCCCGUGUGCCUAGUGGGUGUGGAUAUCAGUCCUUUUUUGACCCUGUGGUAACAUGGUUUAGGAUAAAUUCCAAGAAGAGGAAUUGCUGACUCCAAGGAUAUACCUAUCCUUUGGCUACAGAAUGCCAAACUGCCCUCCAGGAAGCCUGCUCAGCCCACACUCCUGCCAGCUUGCUAGUGCUCAUUUUUCUACAGCCUCAUCAAUACCAAAUACGAUCAACUUUUCCAAAUGUCUCCAAUUUGAAUGGAAGGCAUUCUUUUAAAUGUAUGUAUAAUUUAUUUUUGUUGUUGAGAAUAUACACAGCUGAACAUACACCAACAAUUUCUACACCUACAAUUGAGUAACAUUGGUUAUAUUCUUUUGAGUCAUGCAGCCAUUCUCACGCUCCUUUUCUGAGUUGUUCCUUUCGCAUUAACAGAAACUCACUACCCCCUAAGUUUCCUGUCUAGUCUUUCAAGUUGCUGUUGUCAGUUUGAUCCCAUAUAGGUAGAUCUUAAAGGAGCACAAUGCUCAAGGCAGACAUUCCUUACUAGUUAAACUAAACUAUUGUUUGGUUUUAAGAAGACUUCAGGGGAUAAUUUUGGUUUAAGGUUUAAAGAUUACCUCAGGGCAAUAGUUUUGGGUGCUCAUCCAGCCUCAAUGGCUCCAGAAAGUCUGGAUUCCAUGAAAAUUUGAAAUUCUGUUCUGCAUUUUCCACCAAUGAAGGGCAUUCUUAACCCUAGCGUUAGGGGACUCUGGAGGCUGAAGACACCUAAUUAAUUAGCACUCCACCAGGUAUCAGGCCACUCCUGGUCACCUCCCCACCACGUCACUCACUUCCUCUAAGUUGUUUUUCAGACCCUCGAGAGAGCACUGGAAGAGUCCAGAUCUAACCAGCUCAGAGUAGCCUGACACGCGCAGAGCAGACCACGAUGACUGACAAACGACCCUGUCCUGCCACACCUGCUCAGUGACACAAAAGAACUUAUGUCAAGGAACCAAAAGACUCAUGCCAAGGAACCAAAAUCACCAGAAUUGCAUCAUCAACAAUAGUCGAGCCCAUUUCAAAAGCGCUUGGUCUGUCAGCCACUUCCGGGUUGAGUCUUAGCCCAGCCUCGUAAUAAAUAAUCAGUAGAAACUAUGAAUAGGUAAAACCUCUGAUCCUGCCUACAGUUUCCCUCCACCCCUAAAUGAAUAUUCCUCACGCAGAUCAGGGAACUCAACCUGAGGUUGAUACCUCUUAGUUCCCACUGGCUAGUCUGUGAAAUAAACUCUUUCUUCCUCUCAAAACCAGCAUGUGAGAGUUUGGCUUCUUGCACGCUGGGCACCGACCCUUUGGUGCGGUUUCACUGGCUUUAUUAUCAGCUAAAAUGUUAGGUGAUUGUUGUCCAGAAGGUGUGGCCAAGCUGGAGUCGGUUCUGACUCAUAGUAACCCCAUGUACAACAGAACAAAACACUGCCAUGUCUUGGCCAUCCUUGUGAUCGUUACUAUGCUUAAGCCCAUUGUUGCAGCCACUGUGUCAAUCCAUCUCCUUGAGGGUCUUCCUCUUUUUCGCUGACCCUCUACCAAGCACGAUGUCCUUCUCCAGGGACUGGUCCCUCCUGAUAACAUGUCCAAAGUACUUGAUACAAAGUCUCACCAUCCUUGCCUCUAAGGAGCAUUCUGACUGUACUUCCAAGACAGCUAAAAUACAGCCUCCGUAAUAAAGUCUCCACAAGUGGGAGCUGACUAACAACAACUUUAAACAAUUAUUUUGGUCCAUUGGAUCACUCCUAGUCCCAGGGCAAAGGACAUGCAAGCUCUGGAACUUCCUAGGUGGAGGCCUCUGCUGGGCAUUUGAGAUCACCUCUGAAUUUCUCUUACCCAGACCCCCCUUCUGAGAGAGUCCCAGCUCUUCCAUCUUCCUCACCUUGCUUCCCCUUCUCUUCCCAAGGUGAUUUAAAAAAAAGAAUUUUUUUUUUUUUAUUAUAUAAGGAGCUUUAUAGAAACAUUAAACAAUUCUAAAUGAAAGAAAAACCACCCACCAUCAGUGGCCCCAACAAAUUAAGCCAUUUUUGUCUGUGUUCCUUUCCAGUUCUCAUCCAAACACAGGUAAUAUUUUUGCCCAAUUGUAGUCUGACACAGAUCUAAUUUUGCAUUCUGCUGCUGUUGCUUCCCCUCCUAUCAGAAGUGUUUUUUAUGUUGGUACACGGUCAUCAUCUUUCUCAUUGUAAUUGCUGCACAAUAUUCCAAUGAGUGAAUAAUUUAAUAAUCAUUACCUUAAUGGAAGUCACUUAAGUGGUCACUCGUUUCCCCCCAUUACAAAUAGUGCUGCAGUGCUUGUUUUUAGGGCUCGAGCUUUUUUCUUCAUUUGAAUUAUUUCUUCAGGCCAAUUCCCAAGAGUGAGACAGCUGGGUCAAAGAGGAUGAAUGCUUUAAUAGUUCUUGGUGUGAAUUAUUACAUUGUUUUCCAAUGUUCUUUUUUCUUUUUCUGCUCAAAAAUAAAUAAUAAUCCAUGCCCUUUUUUUCAACUGCACAGAAGAAAGCAACGUUUUUACUACCCAGAAAUCAUCGCUACUAAAGUUUGGACAACCAUCCCUGCAGAUAUCUCUUGGCGCAUAAAUAUACAUACGGAUACAGAAAUAAAAAUAAUUUUUCACAAAAGGGAUCAUACUCAUGGGCUGGUUUUGCAAUAUGUUUUUUUUUUUUUACUCAACAGCAUGUCCUGGUUUUCCUAGUUGGUUCUGCCGCCACCAGUACCUUUGUGAUAGCAUAAUGUAGUACAGUCAUAGCUGUAAGCCAGGCACCCCGCCAAGCAUUGUAUCUGCAUUAGCUCAUUUAAUCACCACAACAACACAAUGACAUAAGUUCUAUUAUUAUCAUGCCCAUUUUACAGUUGAAACAAAUUCAUUGACUUGCCCAAGGUCAUAUAACUAGGGAAUGAUGGGGCUGGCACUGGAGUGCCAAAACAAAUGCUUAUACAAGUAAUACAUGGAUAUAUUUUUCUUAUUAAAAACCAUACAUACCAUAGCAUAGAAAGUAAAGUGUGAAAACCUUCAUGCUUCCACAGAGGUUUCGUGUGUAUCCGUUAAGUUUAGGUUCAGCUGCGUAUAACAGAAAAUCAAAAUAACGUUGGCUUAAACAAGAUAAGGAUCUAUUUUUCUUUCACAUAAAAGAGAUCUGGACAUAGCACUCCAGGGCUACCAUGGUGGGCCCAUGGUCAUAAAGGACCCAUGCUUCUAACGUUAUUCUCUGCCACCCUUGGUUCAUGGCUUCCAUUCUUAAGGUUGCCGCAAGGUCUAGUAAGGUCCCUGGAGUUCCAGCCAUCAUAUCUGCGUUUCAGGCAACAAGAAGGAGAAAGGCAGGGGUGCAGGGGCAACAGUGCUUUUUCCAGCUGAAUCAUCCUCCACUAAAGAGCGUUCCCUCAAGUCCUCCAACCCAUGACAUCAGCUUACUUCUAAUUGGCCACUGUUAUCCACAAGGGAGGCUCAUAAAUGUAGUUUUUAAACUGAGUACAUUGCUGCUCCCCCCAUAAUAUAAAGGCUUAAUUAAUUUUAAAAAAGGGAGGGAGGGGAGAAUGGCUAUUAAGAGGCAACCAGGCAGCAC